ACGAUCUCUGUGGGUCCUCGGAAAACGAAGACGGUUCUUUCUUCGAUCUCUUUCAAUUUGAUCGGGCUGAAUCGUAUCGUGUUCGUUUCGUGUUUCUUUGCUUUCUUGUUAAGCAACGGAGACUUGUUAGCAUCGCGGAGAAGAAUCGGAAGCGGUAGUGCUCUCAAAUUUUGCUGUUAAAUGGUUGAUGGGAGUAUGGAUUUGUCAAUGUCCCCUGAGACCCACAGAUCUGAUGGUGAUAGGUUGAGAAGAUUGUCUAUGGGAAAAGCAAUCUCAUUGAGUAUUGAUGAACAAAACAGUUUUCGUGACCGCAGAUCCUCAAUUGGUUCUUGUCAUGAUAUUUGCAAAUAUGGACAUAAUCAUUCAUUAGAGACGAAGGCCAGAGUUCCCUUGUUGAAAAGAGCAAUGAAAAAGGCACUUGAUGCCCAAAAUUCAGACCAGGCUGUGGUUGUGCCUGAAAAAAAGCACUCUGUUCGUGUGACCAAGUCGAAGGUUUCACCUAGUUCGGGGACAUGUAUUAGUGGUGGCACUGAUGUGAUUAAACGGGUAGUGCCGAUAAGUUCUCCUAGCAGACGUCCGGUAGAGACUGGAGUUAAGAGCAAAAGUAAGGAACAGGCAACGCUUGUAAAAGCUCCUAACAGGCAAAGUGAGACUGAAGUUACAAGCAAAAGUAAGGAACAGGCAACGGUUGUAAAAGCUCCUAACGGGCAAAGUGAGACUGAAGUUACGAGCGAAAGUAAGGAACCGGAGGUGCCUAUGGGUUCUCCUACCAAGCAGAUUGAAGUUAUAAGUGAAAAUAAGGCACUGGUAGUGCCUAUGAAUUCUCCUACCAAGAAGAUUGAAGUUAUAAGUGAAAGUAAUGAACUGGUACUGCCUGUGAAUUCUCCUACCAAGCGGAUUGAAGUCAUAAGUGAAAGUAAGGAACUGAUAGUGCCUGUGAAUUCUCCUACCAAGCAGAUUGAAGUUAUAAGUGAAAGCAAGGAACUGGUAGUGCCUUUGCAUUCUCCUACCAGGCAGAUUGAAGUUAUAAGUGAAAGUAAGGAACUUGUAGUGCCUUUGAAUUCUCCUACCAGGCGGAUUGAAGUUAUAUGUGAAAGUAAGGAACUGGUAGUGCCUGUGAACUCUCCUACCAGGCAAAGUCCAGUAGAGAUGGAAGUUUCGAGUGAAAGUAGCGAACGAGUAGUGCCUGAAAAUUCUACUAGCAGGCACAGCUCAGUAGAGAUUGAAGCUACGAGCAAAAAUAUGGAACAGGUAACGCCUGAAACUUUUCCUAGCAGGCGAAGUCGAGUAGAGAUUGGAGUUAGAAGAGAAAGUAAGGAACCGGUAGUAGUGGCUGAAAGUUCUCUUAGCAGGCAAGGUUCAAACAGGCGAAGUCCAUUAAAGAGUGAAGCUAUGAAUGAAGGUAAGGAACUGGUGGCCAAGACAAAAACUAAGCCCAUAACCUCAAAACCCAAGUUUCAUAAAACUACAAAGCAAGUAGUUUAUUCGUCUACCAAAUCUGAAAGUUCUCCAAAACAAGCUUUGACCAGUGUUGCAGAAGCAGGGGGCGACAGUUUGUCAAAGCCGAAAGCUUUGAAAGCAAAAUCAGUGACCUCUUCUGGUCCUUCUGGUAAUAUUGCAGCCCACAGCAACAACAUUUCUAAAUCAGGUGAAGGAGCGGGAACCUUGAAAGGAAAUGGAACGAAAGUGGUGGAAAAGUCCAUAAUCACAAUGGAUCCAAAUUCUGUCGAUACCGUGGUAAACUUACCUGCGAUAAAGAACAAGAACUCGAAAGUUGUGUCUCAAGUCAAAAGUCAGAACAAAACGAGAAGAGCUCAAGCCAAGGAAGCAUCAAGUGUGGAAUCACAAGAGAAAAUCUUGCAUGUCAUCAAUGUGGAAACUAAGAAGAGCAAGCUUCUAGAAUCUGACCAAAAUGACAAGCAUGGUUUGAAGGGGUAUCAAAAGUCACCAUCAUCCUUGGCAAAUGGCCCAUCUCUUUCACCUCUUAGAGAAGAUUCUGGUGGAACUAAAUAUACAAAAUAUGAAGCGAACGCCACUGUUUCGGGAUCGAAGAAACACGGUGGCAUAAAAAAAGAAGAUGAUCCCAAUGGGGUUAAAAAAGGCAAGUCCCCGAGAAUGCUUCAGACCAAAGGAAAGGAUUCUUCAUCUUUCAGCUUAAGUUUCAGGAACAAGAAGGUAAUUGACCUUGAUUCCAAAAGUCAUGGUCCAACGAGGCUCAAAUUUAUGGAAGGAAAAUCGUUGGGGGACAACCAAAAGAGCAAGGAUGGCCGAAGAACAAGCUUGAAGAAGGGAAUAGUCAAGGGGAUUUCCAAGAAUUCCACACCGCCAUCUGAAAAGGUAGUUUUGAGACAUCAAGAUGUGGAAGGGAAGAAAGAUACUCAGGUUUUGUUCAAUAAUGUCAUAGCGGAAACUGCGAGAAAACUCGUUCGUACCCGAAAGAGUAAGGUCAAGGCCUUGGUAGGGGCAUUUGAAAAGGUUAUCUCACUGCAAGACAAGAAGCCUACUUCUCUAAGAGCCACAGCUUGAACUGAAAAGGUAGAUUUCGUAUAACUCAGUAGAAUUUGUAUAGUGAUGGAAGAAUACAUCUGGGAAUGAACAGAAGGUGGUGAAAUCACAGGAUUGUGAGUCAAAUUGUGCAUUAAUAACUUGUGUGCUUUAUGCAUCUCUGUUUCUUGUUUUUCUUUUUUCCUUUUUCUUUUUUUUUUGGGUAUUGCCCCUUUACAGAGAAACUACCAUAUGAUAUAAAGCUACGCCUGGUUGGUCUUGUGAGAAUAAAACUAAGAAUAGGGAUGACUUCAUGUACCAUGUCAUUGAGUGUUGAAAGAUGUUCGACCUUGAUUUUGUUGGUUCAUCCUUCUCUAUUCAAUUUAGAUGUUUAGUUUCUUAUUUACA